AUGAAUGAAUAAGAGAAACUUGCAUCACUUAUUACUUAGAAAAUUUCUGAAGAUGAAAUGAUUAAUGAGAGAGAAGUUCUUUAAGUACUUUCUUAUAUUAAUUUUAAACUUCUUAAUAUUAGACAUUAAUACUUUAAAAAAAGCAGGAAUACAAUUUUAUAAUUUUAUUCUAAGUAAUUAACUAUUUUCUAAGAUUCUGAAAAUAGGAUUCCUUAAAAUAUCAAAGAUUGGUCAACCAUCUAAAGAACAAUUGGACACACAUCAAAAUUCAUCCAAAUGUUAUAAAAUUUUAAAAAAUAUUACAUUACAAAGUGCAAAAUAUUACAAACUUAAACCUUUUUGUAAGAGGUGCAUAUCUAAAAACUUUCUCUAAGAGCAAAAUAUUUAUUAAAGAUUGUCAAGUCGCUUUUCCAAUAUUAUAGCAAUCCAUUCAAUCAGUCUUUGCAUGAAGACUCUUAAUUAACUUAUAAAUUUUAAAUGAACCUCCAUUAAAUCCUAUCAAAACUUCAACUCUUAUAGAAUAAGACUCUGAAAUCAUAAUGCAAGAAUUAAUAAAGAAAGAAAAAUUUAGUACAAUCCAAGAGAGAUUAAAUAAUAUUGUCAAAUAAAUAAAAUAAGAUCAAGGAGUCCAACUACAGCAUCUUUAGGAAGCAGGAGCAGAACCAUUUAGUCAUGUUAACAUCAUAGAUUGUCUAUUCCUCUUGGCAAUUCUAUAUGAUAAUAAAGUAGUUCCCAGUAGAAGUCGAAUAUCACAAUCAAAUAAUAUAGCAAAACAAUUAAUAAUACAUUGUCUUUUAAAAUCUAGUGGAGCUAAGUUUAGAGAGAUGUCCUAAACUAAUACUCAAAAUAAAUUCGAUUAGGUUGAGAAAUCCCCAUUAUAAUAAAAAAAAUAGUAAUAUAUCAAGGAUGCAUUUUUUUACAAAAAAACCAACUUCAAAGAAUAAUAAAUGA